CUGAGGACGAACCGACACCGAACCGCAGCGCCUGAUUCUGGCCGAACUUCAUCAGAGACGCUUUCCUGUGGAGCGCGCAGGAGAUUUCUGCGGUGUGUGUGUGUGUGUGCGUGCGCGUGUGUUUUGGUAAAUAAAUACUUAAGCGCACGUCGUUAAUCCGAGCGCGGCGCGCGACACGAAGAGGAACCAGGACUGUCCGGACUGCGCGGCGCGGCUGACUAAAGCCAGUCCAGCCAACAUGUGGUCGGCUUGAACAAACCGGAAGCUGCUGCUGGUUCUGACAGCCUCACUGGACCGAGUUUCCCGAGAGGUUCGGCUCUGGAGAACGGCGUGUUUAUGGAUCUGUGCGCAGCGCGGGUCUCCGGGAGUUGUAGGCUCUGCUGCGGUGCACGGAUCACGCUGCGGCCCCGCAGCUGCUCCUCGCUCUGAUCCAUGUUGGAGCAGAUCAGGUAGUUCAGAUCUUUGAAGUGGACUGAGCUCAGGAGAAGCGCCUCUUCCCGCCCUCCCUCGUUUCUUCUCACCAACUUGACGUCAGGACGGUCUCACUCUGAAUUCUUCUUCUACGCUUUAAACAAAGACCAAGUGUUUGGGGAUAGCAUGGCAAUGGUAGUAAACCAAUGGUCAGAGAACAUUUCGGCAGAUCCGGGCUCUCAGCUCCAGAUGUGCGGCCAGGAGCCCGGCGGGGGACCGGGAACUCCCAACGGGUCCACCCCGGGGAACGACGCGCUUUCCGGAGACAAGAUCCCCAACGUGGACUGCAUGGUGUGCGGGGACAAGUCCAGCGGGAAGCACUACGGCCAGUUCACCUGCGAGGGAUGCAAGAGCUUCUUUAAGCGCUCCGUGAGGCGGAACCUGACGUACACCUGCCGGGGGAACCGGGACUGCCCCAUCGACCAGCACCACCGGAACCAGUGCCAGUACUGCCGGCUCAAGAAGUGCCUCAAAGUCGGCAUGAGGAGAGAAGCAGUACAACGUGGACGGACUUCAAACUCCCAGAGCAGCCCGGGUCAGUACCUGACCAACGGCGCCGACCCGUACAACAACCAGCCGUACCUUUCCGGCUUCAUCUCUCUGCUGCUGCGCGCCGAGCCCUACCCCACGUCUCGCUACGGGGCUCAGUGCAUGCAGGGCAACAACCUGAUGGGCAUCGAGAACAUCUGCGAGCUGGCCGCCCGGCUGCUCUUCAGUGCCGUGGAGUGGGCCAAGAACAUCCCCUUCUUCCCCGACCUGCAGCUCAUGGAUCAGGUGGCGCUGCUGCGCAUGUCCUGGAGCGAGCUCUUCGUGCUGAACGCCGCCCAGUGCUCCAUGCCGCUUCACGUGGCGCCCCUGCUGGCCGCCGCGGGCCUGCACGCGUCGCCCAUGUCGGCGGAGCGCGUCGUGGCCUUCAUGGACCACAUCCGGGUCUUCCAGGAGCAGGUGGAGAAGCUGAAGGCCCUGCAAGUCGACACGGCAGAAUACUCCUGCCUCAAGUCCAUCGUGCUCUUCACGUCUGAUGCCAUGGGGUUAUCGGAUGUCGCCCACGUUGAGAGCAUCCAGGAGAAGUCCCAGUGUGCUCUGGAGGAGUACGUCAGGAACCAGUAUCCCAGCCAGCCCAACCGCUUUGGACGCCUCCUCCUCCGUCUCCCCUCUCUGCGUAUCGUCUCCUCUCCGGUCAUUGAGCAGCUGUUUUUCGUUCGCCUGGUGGGAAAGACGCCCAUCGAGACGCUACUUCGUGACAUGCUGCUCUCGGGCUCCAGCUACAACUGGCCGUACAUGCCCACCGUGCAGCGCGAGCGACCCCUCUCCCUCCAUUACAACGAGAACGGACCAUGAGGUGAAGCCAGACGUCCUUCUUUCCUGCCUUCAUCAUCUUCAGCCUCACCUUUUUGGCUUCCCCAGAGGAAGCAGCUCCCUCACCAUUCCACUCUUAAAGACGAACCCAUCCCAGGUUACAUACGCCGAUAGAUCUUCGUUGCCGAUGCAAAUUUUUGGUGGCACCAGAAGACACUGAGCAGGCGAGACGUGGCACGAGCUGGACAGGUUGGUAGCAGAGGUCAGCACGCAGUUCACCAGCAGGUCUGUUGGACUCACUUCAGAUGUCACGCUCAAAACUGUGCAAACAGAAAACGUUUUGCCUAAUUGUUGGUGCUACCUUUGGUAAGUACGGCAACAAAAAAAAACUGAGCAGGGACGCUGCCAUUUGGAUUCUACAGCCAAGAGCAGAAACCCCCAAGUGUAUAUUUACGAACUGUUUUUGAAAACCAGAAGCCAUUAAAAAAAGACAAAAUGCCAAAAUGUCUUGAACGUUUGCAGAAGACAUGUUUUACUGUGUGUGUUUGUUGCAGCAUUGUUCAUAUGGAGAGGAAACUUAUGAUUGUGUCCAAAUGUACAGGAUAUCAUCGAUUCACAGGCAUCUACGGCAUUUUUUGGGUUCGCUCUAAACAAAGCUCAGGUUCAAAGGAGUUGGUCGACGGAUAGACAAACAUGUCAGUAUCAGCACAAGAACAAGAAAAGAUGUCACUUUAGGCCUGUCACGAUAACAAAUUUUGCUGUCUCAAAUUAUUGC